CCCUACAUAAACACCAUUCAUGAAUCACACUCUCACUAUCUGGCUUUGGUUUGAUUUCUAGAAAAUGGGUGCACUAGAUUACCUCUCCAACUUUUGCACUGUAACCAGCACUAGGACCAAGCAGAAAGCAAUGCAGACAACAGAGAUAAAAGUGAGAAUGGACUGCGAUGGUUGCGAAAGAAGAGUGAGAAAUGCAGUGAGUUCAAUAAAAGGAGUGAAAUCUGUGGAGGUUAACAGAAAGGAGAGCAGGGUGGUAGUGAGAGGAUAUGUGGAUCCAAAGAAGGUGCUGAAGAGGGUAAGGAGCACAGGGAAAGUAAGAGCUCAGUUUUGGCCAUAUGUUGAACAACAUCUGGUCUAGUGUGCUUUUCUUUGCUCUUUGUUCUUCUCUUUAUUAAUAAAUUAUUCUUUUAUAAAUGCCAUUCCCCUUUGGUGGCAACCCUGUUUGCACUGCUGCAGGGUUGGCUAAAUGACGAAUUUCCUUCUCUUAAAAGUAUGAUGCAAAGACAGCUUGAAACUGAAAAUGAGAGCAUUGGUUUUAUUUAUCAAUAACAAAACAUAAGUGGAAUCAGAAUAUAGAAUCACAUUCCGAAAUCCCAUCUCCCA